AUGGGCCAUGUGUCCAUCAUGUCUUUAGCUUCACUUUUCGUAAAGUUAUCACAAAUUGCAAAAUUUCGCAUUCUUGUCAGGGACGCUGAUGAAACACCGAGAUUCGUUCGCGUAGAGAUAACGCUCAACAGUGCUGUUUUCUGCGUUACUUUCACUGAUGCUGAAUAUUACCCUCCCCCAAUUCGGAUAGAAAACCAUUCUGACGUGCCCGUUUUAUACCAGCAACAAUCUGAAGGUCCUAUCGGACAGCACCUAAGGACGAUCUGUAAAGCACGAAGUCAUAUAGAUUACGCUUGGGAUGACUUGUAUGGGAGUCGGAGAAUAGUUCUGCAGGUCUACGAGAACAAAAGCCAUGUUUACGAUCCAUCAGUGAAGGGGAUUGGACCGCAACUUGUCUACGAAAAUCAUAUGUACAUCCAGCUAGCGUCUUCCUUUAACGGGGGUAUAUCUUUCAGCACAUCGAUCUCGAAAAGAACCGAAGAGAAUGAACUUGUCCUUGAAACACUACAAAAAGGAAAAGUUAUUUUGAACAAGCAAAACAGAGUGGAUGCGAACAGCGGCAAUCAGCUAUGGAUCCUCUGUAAAGAUGGAUGCAUCGAAAACAUAGGAAUGACAUUCAGAGCUAGAACAAGAAUGGACGGAACUCUUUGCUGUCCAGGGCUUCCCGGUAUGGCUGUAACGCAUCGUGCACCUGAAAUCAUUAUGGCGAAGUGCGAUACAAGUCGGGGUGAAGUGACGGAUCCAGCUUCGCAGAUUUGGCGAAUACAGCGGCAGAGACCGGGUAGUGGCAUUUUGGAAGUGGAAUGCUUACACAAUGGUCCUACAUUGGUCGUGAGAAUAACAGAUCGCGAGGAUCGUUUGAGGAAUAUGUCAGUACCAUCGUUUUCUAGGCCUGCUAAACCAGGUAUUUUGCCUUUUCGAUUACAUCUUGAAAAAUAGCC